UUCGCAUCGAGAUUCUAACGUCUGUAACCAUCCUUUUUGAAUUCUAUUUUUCUUGGCUGCGAUGCUAAUAUCCUUCUGUUCUACAAAUGCAUGUGAAUUACAAUUCUUCCUUUAAUUCAACUCUAGAAUCUCCGGUGUGGAAUGCACCAUGCUUUUGAGUUGCAGACAGAUGCUGAGUACUGAUCCAUUUUCUCUCCUUUUUGACAAUUUCUCAAGUUGCGUUUAGCAGGAAGCCAUGGAAUCUGAGAGGGAAAGUUUUGACCUCUCAGGACCUUUGCAUCUAACUUAUGUCUUAUGGGAUAAUGCGUAUCAUCGAAUGUCAGUUGCUUCUUGUUUGGUCCAAGGUGUUUACAUUUUAGAAAGGGACAGACAAGAACAACGUGAAGGUUCAAAAGCUCUUGCACCGCCUUGGUGGACAUUCUUUCACUUUCAGCUGCUCCGUCCGCUUGUAGACGAUGUUGAUUCUUCCAUCUUUGGUGCAAUAUAUGAGUUCAGGCCUCCAUCAUCUCAAUCUAAUGACACUGUGUAUAGAAGUCCACGUUAUGUGAUUGCCUUUAGAGGGACACUAACCAAAUCUCACUCAGUUUCUCGGGAUAUUGAGUUGGACAUCCACUUUAUCCGGCACGGCCUUCAUCAAACUUCUCGCUCUGAAAUAGCUAUUCAAGCUGUUCGAAACAUGGUAGCAACUGUAGGUGAUUCAAAUGUUUGGUUGGCCGGACACUCCCUAGGAUCAGCAAUGGCAAUGCUUACUGGGAAAACCAUGGCCAAGAAUGCCCUGUUCAUUGAAUCUUUUCUUUUCAACCCGCCAUUUGUAUCCGCUCCAAUUGAGAGAAUUAAGGAUGAGAGGGUAAAACAUGGGAUUCGAUUUGCAGGCAGUGUGAUUACGGCUGGACUAACCAUUGCUAUGCAAGCGAAGAAGCCGAAGGACUUAUCUGUUGAUCCAUUUGCUGCUUUGUCUGCCUGGGUCCCAUGUUUGUUUGUAAAUCCAUCUGAUCAUAUCUGCUCAGAGUAUAUUGGAUACUUUGAACAUAGAAGAAAAAUGGAUGAGAUGGGAGCAGGAGUCAUUGAAAGGUUAGCAACUCAAAAUUCACUUGGUGGCCUACUGAUGAGUGCUUUUGGGAAGGAAUCUGAACCCCUUCACCUUAUUCCUUCAGCUUCUCUGACGGUUAAUGUUACUCCUUCACGUGAUUUCAAAGAAGCCCAUGGAAUUCACCAGUGGUGGAAACCUGACUUGAUGUUAGAACACAAGCUCUACAAUUACAAAUAGUUAUUUAUUGGGAUAUAUUCUGUUUUAUUUUUUUUGGGGGGUUGUUGACUCUGGUUUUCAGGUGCAGACUGACGAAAUUCAUUUUGUAUGAGCAAGGUAAAUUAUGAAUAGUUGAAUUGUCAUUUUGUGUAAAUUGAUAGAUAACUUAAGUGGCUGUUGUAACCUCUAAAAAUUGAGGGGAACUUCUCUACGCUUUUAAGCCUUUAAUGUAUGUGCUGUUAUUAUUGUAAAUUGAUGAACAAAACAGUAUUUGGUCUUUUAA